GAAGAGGUAUAGUCUUAAGCUUCCAUUAGGCAAAUAGAUACAGCACUGCCAUAGAAGUUAGGAGAUCUGGGUCCUGGUUCAGGAUGUACUGGAAACGCCUUGGACAAGUCUUGCCCUACUCUGGGCAUCAAUUUGCCCAUUAGGUAGUUGAUCUUUGAGGUCCGGAAGCUUACGACAGUCAGUUGGCAGGGAAAUGUACCAGGAAAGCUUGGUACAACCGCACUUGUGUUUUUCGCUCUAGCCUAAACACUUGAGCCUCGGCAAACGGGCAGAGGCAGCGGGAAUCAGGGACUACACCCCCGAACCCAGUACCCGGGUCCCCGACUUCCCCGAACCUACGUCACUGGGGCGCGACGGCGCUGUCCCCGGGACUGCAGCGACUGAGGUCCCUUCGGUGAAGGCGAGUUCCGGGCCAACAGAAAGGGUCGCACCGUUUCCGAGUCUUUCGGAGGCUCAGUUCUCAGCGCACCAUUCCCCACAGCUCUCCUUUUUACUUCACCCCUACCCAACACUUUACCCCGGGGAGCAUCCAAACCCGAGUCUCAUCGCGGCUGCGCAGCGCACGUGCACAGCCUCGCAGGAGUCUCGGCGAUUGGCUGUGACGCAGUUUCCGGCGUGAGCGGCGAAAGCCGGGAGGGCGAGCGAGAGAGCAACCAGGCAGCAGGCUGCCGGCGGGCGGGCGGACGGCACGGAGGGAGGGAGCAAGCGAGCAGUGAGUGAGCCAGCGAGGGCGGCCGGGUCCCGAGGUCAGCCGAGAUUUCUCAGGUCCCUCCGGCCCCCUCCCUGGAGUCCACAGCGCCUCCGGUGUCCAGCGGAUCGGACACGGCCCGGCCCGGCCAUGGCCUCGUUGCUGAAGGUGGAUCAGGAAGUGAAGCUCAAGACAGCUUCAGACACAGGAGGGAGGGAGGGGAGAGGAGAGAGGAGACAGGCAGGUGCUGCCCUCAAAGCCCUGCUUUCUUCUCCUGAGAUGGAAAAAUGGAUCCUCAAAAAAAUAAAGUAUUUGCAGUCUGGGGGCCUCUCAGCUUCUUAUUACAGUUACAAGGUUGAUUCUUUCAGGGAACGCAUCACAAGUGAGGCAGAAGACUUGGUGGCAAAUUUUUUCCCAAAGAAGUUGUUAGAACUUGAUAGUUUUCUGAAGGAACCAAUCUUAAACAUCCAUGACCUAACUCAGAUCCACUCUGACAUGAAUCUCCCAGUCCCUGACCCCAUUCUUCUCACCAAUAGCCAUGAUGGACUGGAUGGUCCCACUUAUAAGAAGCGAAGGUUGGAUGAGUGUGAAGAAGCCUUCCAAGGAACCAAGGUGUUUGUGAUGCCCAAUGGGAUGCUGAAAAGCAACCAGCAGCUGGUGGACAUUAUUGAGAAAGUGAAACCUGAGAUCCGGCUGUUGAUUGAGAAAUGUAACACGGUCAAAAUGUGGGUACAGCUCCUGAUUCCCAGGAUAGAAGAUGGAAACAACUUUGGGGUGUCCAUUCAGGAGGAAACAGUUGCAGAGCUAAGAACUGUUGAGAGUGAAGCUGCAUCUUAUCUGGACCAGAUUUCUAGAUAUUAUAUUACAAGAGCCAAAUUGGUUUCUAAAAUAGCUAAAUAUCCCCAUGUGGAGGACUAUCGCCGCACCGUGACAGAGAUUGAUGAGAAAGAAUAUAUCAGCCUUCGGCUCAUCAUAUCAGAGCUGAGGAAUCAAUAUGUCACUCUACAUGACAUGAUCCUGAAAAAUAUCGAGAAGAUCAAACGGCCCCGGAGCAGCAAUGCAGAGACUCUGUACUGAGGCCAGGGCCAGGGCCAGGGGACUCUGUGAGUCUGGCUCAAGACCGACAUUGCCUUGGUUUGUUACAUGACUAUCGUGAUGGGGAAACUGGCUGGAAAUAGUAAUUACACCUCUCUGUUUUUAGUUAGAGUCUAAUGAAACUCUCAUCUAGUUCUGUGAUGUGUUUACCUCUUUUUUCAGGCCUCAGGAACUCUUCUAUUUCCUUCCCUAAUACCCCACACCCAACCUGUCGUAAUUUCUGGAGAACUCCAGGUUUGUGUGUGCAGGAUGUUGGCACAAAAAUACUUGUGUUUUCACUCUCCUCCUCUCUCCCUCCUGUGUCUUGCGCUGUAUGUUUUCUUCCUUUUGAUAAUUAGUUGGUUAAAAGCUGAAGGGAACCGCAAGGAAAGUGCUAGGUGUUUUUUAGGAACUAGGGUGGUGGGGGGAUGAACUUCUCUUCCUCACAUGAGGUUACUGUUUCUUUCCUCUGUGGGGCAUUGGAUCCUUCCACAGUUGCCCUGGUGAUGACUUCGGGCUUUGCAUCUGUGUACAUCCCACCUUGAAUCUUGAUCAUGACAAGAAACACGUUAGGCCUUCAGUCAAUUCCCAAGCUCCUUCCGAUGUUUUUAUAAUGGGCGUUUUCACAUGCACAUAUGUGUAUGUACGUAUACACCCAUACAGACAUGCACACACACUCCUACUCCAUUAGCUAACAUACCCUCCCUCUCCACAAUCCCUGUCAUGUACCUUUCAGGAGGUGAUGGUUGUCUUAGUUGUCAUCUACCCAAACAAACGUCCUGGGCCCGUCCUCCCUCCUGAUACUGUAGCCUCUUGGUACCCAGGGUGAGUUGGUGAAGAACAGAGAGAUGAGAAGCAGAGGGCUUGGGGAAGGCCUAUUCCUCUCUGACUCAGCCCUUUUUGGCAUUAUUGCAAAAGCUUGACUCCUGGUUGCCUUUUCCCAGCUAGUUGUCAGUUGGGGUGAAGAUGUCUGCAAGUAUGAGGUCUGGACGCUGCUGCUCAUGUUGGGCUUUCCUUUUGGGAAAUAUUUCUCUUAUUUAUAGUGUCGGGCUUCUGGGGAAAGCAGUCAUUGGUGUGUAUGUGUAUGUGCAUGCACACACAUACAUAUACACGUUUGUGUAUGUGGAAAUGCACUGGGCAAGUCAAAACUAUAGAAGAGUUGCCUCCUGUCUCUCGAAUCUUCCAGAGAUAUCACUUAACUGUUAACAACUUUUGUGUUAAUCCCCGUCAGCCCCCAGCUCUUUUAUUCUACCACGGCUGGAGAGUUGAUACCUGCAGUCAGCCUGCCAGUAACUCUUAGUGUCUGUUUCUGACUUAUUCUUCCUGUCUCUGUCUUCCAACCCCCAAUAAUAUUUCCACCUGGGAUGCAUCAUUUGUACUCCCGAUACUCUGUAGAGAAGGAGUCAGGAUGCUGUCUUCCCACGAAUAGUACUCAGUAACAAACCAACUGCAUUUUAGUUGGGCAGUGCUCCCACCCACCCUCCAGAUCCCUUCCAGCUAAAACCCUUCCCCCUUCCCUCCAUGUGUUUCUCAGUUCCCCGUUCUGUUUGUUGGAUUGUUCCACUGCCCCUCCUCCUCACCCUACCACCCUUGGAUCGUAAUGUAAAAUUCUUUUACCAUGUCAAGAAAUUAUUAAAAAUACAGGUACUUUGACCUCUUUCUAAAGCCGCAGACCCUGGUGCAAUGCUCUGGUGGCUAGGGACGUACUCAUGCUUGCAUGUGUGCACACUCGGACACCCACCUCCAUGGACACCUAGCCACCCUGUUGUGUGUCCUUAUGCCAGUUGAGCUGAAUCUUUCCCCAGUAUAGUGGAAAGACUGAGGCUUCUGCCUACUGAGCUAGGGUGGGUGCUUUAUUUGUGUUCAGUCUGAAUUACGGGAAAGUUAGCUCUUCCCAGACCUAAGCUGCCUUCUUUCCCUACUUCCAGAAGAUCCUAGUUCCUUCUUCCUGAGUGAUACCCGUGAGCUGCCAGUAGAGGCUGCUGUCACUCCAUGUGUAAGGAAUGACCUGGUUCAAGGCAUGUCCUGCCCAAUCAUUUUCUUUACCUUAUACUAAUUCUCCCUGAAUAAUGUCUUCAGUUUCUUGAGGAGACUCAUAGUUUUGGUUUUCAGAUUACUUGGAGGGCUGCCUAGGAAUCGAUCUCCCUCUGAAAUAAAAGUUUCCUCAACUUGCACCU